AUUUCUUUCUGUUCCAAAAAUCAAAACCCUAACCCCUUCCCUGAGUUCCGACCCCUUUUCCGAUGUACGGAUCGGAGAAUAACAGAGAAGAUGCCGAGCGAACAGCUUUCAGAAGAGCAGAGAAGAACUACAAGCUCUACUACGACAACAAUGCAUCUUCCAAGAACAAAAAGAAAAAACAACGCAAACCCGUUGACUUAACGGAGGUCAUUGACUUUCGAUCCAUUCUAGAAUGCCAUCUUCGCAACAGUGAUCUUCCUCCGGGAGUUAUCAUUCUUAACGACAAGUUCACUUCUCCAGUUUUUUCUUUGCAAAAUCGCCCAGGCUUUUAUUUUAUUCCUGGAGCUUUGAGCGUAGAGAAACAAUGUAGUUUGAUAAGGGAGACCUUAACUGAUUUCCCACGGCCACCUAAUAGGACAAAUCACAAUGCUAUAUACGGGCCAAUACGCGAUGUGUUCGAUGCAGCUAAGGAAGGGAAAGUUCUGAUUGAAAAGAAUUCUCCAGUUACUGAAUCUGAACCUAGUACUGAUUUUGGUUGUAGAGAUAGUAAGGAAUGGAAGUUUACCACUGAAAAGGAAGCAUCCUUGAGCAAGUGCAGAUCCAUUUCUGCUUCUGCUUUGCUUCGAAAGUUGCGAUGGAGCACCCUUGGCCUACAAUUUGAUUGGUCCAAGCGGAAUUAUGAUGUGUCUCUCCCACAUAACAAAAUCCCUGAAGCACUCUGUGAGCUUGCAAAACAAUUGGCAAAACCUGCAUUGCCUGCUGGUGUUGAGUUCAGGCCUGAAGCUGCCAUAGUGAAUUACUUUGGCUUAGGGGACACAUUGGGUGGCCACCUUGAUGACAUGGAAGCAGAUUGGAGCAAGCCUAUAGUUAGUUUAAGUCUGGGCUGCAAAGCUAUAUUUCUUUUGGGAGGAAAAUCCAGAGAGGAUACUCCACAGGCAAUGUUCCUUCGGAGCGGCGAUGUUGUACUCAUGGCUGGAGAUGCAAGGGAAUGCUUCCAUGGGGUUCCUCGGAUAUUCACUGAUAAGGAAAAUGCUGAAAUAGGCCAUCUUGAGACACAGCUGGCGCAUGAAGAUGAUCUUUGUUUCUUAAAAUACAUUCAAACUUCAAGAAUCAACAUCAAUAUCAGACAAGUUUUUUGAAUAGGAUUUACUGUUCUUUCAAAGUGAGAUUUUGUUUUAUUAGCUCAUGAAACAAAAAAGAGGAUGUAUUAUUUCUCUUUAAAGUGGCAAUGGCUUCAUUUUCAUUCAAUAUGACGAGUGACUUUUGUCCGGCAAACCUCACGUUUCUCUAAUACUUUGGCUUCAGUUAUUAUUUCUUCACGUA